AUGACAGCUGAAUCGUCUUUGAAGCAAGAAGCGACCAAACCACAAUACUCGCUGACUCUGCUCAACAUUGUCAACUCCACCAGUCUUCCGCCCAACACUCGUCUCGCGGCAGCUCUUGCGUUCAAGAAUUUUAUCCGUACAAAUUAUGUGGACGAGGAGGGAAACUACAAGCUCCCGCAGGACGAAGUAAACACAAUUAAAGAACAGCUCAUCGGACUUAUGAUCAGUUCUCCACCCAAUGUCCAGACACAAUUAGGCGAAGCUAUCAGCGUCAUUGCCGAUUCGGAUUUCUGGCGAAGAUGGGACACACUCACUCAGCAACUCGUUAGCCGAUUUUCGACGACCGAUCCCAAGGUGAACAUUGGUGUUCUCGAAGUUGCACACUCCAUUUUCGCUAGGUGGAAGCCGCUUUUCCGCACGGACGAACUGUAUAUGGAAAUCAACCACGUUAUCGAGACAUUCGGACAACCCUUCGUCCAGCUGCUCGUCGCCACUGACGGGAAGAUCACCGAAAAUGCCAACAAGAAGGAUGAGCUGAAAGGUUGGUUUGAGACACUCGACCUCCAGAUCAAGAUUAUCUACGACAUGUCCUGUCAUGAUCUGCCUCCCAUUUUCGACGAGAAUCUUGCCAGCAUAUCCGAGCUGCUCCACAAGUACUUGACAUACACGAGCCCCCUACUGGAGACUGACGACGAAACGGAAACAAGCAUUGUUGAUACGACCAAGGCUGAUAUCUGCGAGCUUCUCGAGCUCCUCACCAUUAAAUUCGACGAAGAUUUCUCCAAGUAUUGCCAGCCUUUUAUCACAAAUGUCUGGAAUCUGCUAUCUGCAAUUGGCCCGGAGACCAAAUACGACGGACUUGUGAGCAAGGCUCUGCACUUCUUGACUGCCGUGGCCUCUACAAAGGAGCAUGCCGGCCUUUUCAACGACGAGGCUGUUUUGACCCAGAUCGUGGAGAAGGUCAUCUUGCCUAAUGUGGCAUUGCGAGAAACCGAUGUGGAGAUGUUCGAGGAUGAGCCCAUCGAGUUUAUUCGCCGGGAUUUGGAGGGUUCUGAUACAGACUCGAGGCGCAGGUCUGCUACAGAUUUCCUCCGAAAGCUUCAGGAGAAAUUCGAAGGCCCCGUCACAGGUGUUGUGUCAAAGUACAUUAACCACUACCUGUCCCAGGGUAAGACUGAUUGGAAAGCCAAGGAUACCGCCGUCUACCUUUUCCUGUCUAUUGCAGCCAAGGGUGCUGUGACGGCCGCCCAAGGUGUCAAGACGGUGAAUCCUCUUGUAAACGUUGUCGACUUUUUUGAACAGCAUAUCGCCUCUGAUUUGGUGGCUAAUGAUGGAGUCCACCCGAUUUCCAAGGUUGACGGCAUCAAAUUCCUCUAUACCUUCCGCAGCCAACUGUCCAAAGAGCAGUGGAAACAGGCUCUUGGGCCUCUGAUUCAGAACCUCAAUUCGGACAAUUACGUUGUGUAUAGCUACGCUGCUAUUGCCGUAGAACGUGUCCUCUUCCUCACAGAUGACUCGGGCAAUUCCGUCUUCCCUCGAGCUGACAUUGAGCCUUUCGCUAAGGAUCUUCUCGCUCACCUAUUCAAAUUGAUCGAGAAGGAUACGAGUCCGGCUAAGCUCCAGGAGAACGAAUUCUUGAUGCGUUGCGUGAUGAGAAUCCUAAUCGUCAUCAAGGACGGUGCCACUGCCCAACUCGAUACUGUUUUAACCCAUCUCAUCCUGAUCACAAACGUUAUGAAGGCCAAUCCUAGCAACCCCAGAUUUUAUUACUAUCACUUUGAAGCUAUUGGAGCUCUUGUUCGGUAUUGCUCAUCAACGAGCGCAGCCCUUUUCAACCAGAAAUUAUGGGAGCCAUUCCACAAUAUCCUCAUCGAGGACGUCACAGAAUUUAUGCAAUACAUCUUCCAAAUUCUUGCACAGCUGCUUGAAUCCAGCCCCCCUGAAACUAUUUCUGACAAUUACAAGUCAUUAUUGGCUCCACUCCUCAACCCAUCAUUAUGGGAGACCAGAGGCAACGUUCCUGCCUGCACCCGAUUAUUGUCCGCCUUGAUUCCUAGGAUCGAGAAGACAAUUGUCGCAGAAAACCAAUUGGAGCCCAUCCUUGGCAUCUUCCAGAAACUCCUUAGUGGGAAGAAGUCUGAGCUAUACGCCUUCGACAUCCUAGACGCCAUUGUCAAAUCCAUUGAGCCGGGCGUGGUGGAAAAAUACUUCGGCACCAUCCUCCAAUUAACCUACACGAAGCUGCAAGGAAACGUGGCCGAUUCGUUGAAACUUAGGUUCGCCCGAUUCUUUCAUCUCGUCGCAGCGAGGCUAGAGGCUGGUUAUGGCGCAGACUACUUCAUUAAACAGUCGAACCAGGUCGAUGAGAGGGCGUUCGCACAAGUGUACCCCCCGUUCGUGUUAAGCGAGACGGAGAAGCUGGCGCGGCCUGUCGACCGUAAGCUUGCUGUCGUAUCCCUCACCAAGACUCUUUGCGACUCCCAGGUCUUCGCAGAGAAGUUCGUCAAGGGUUGGGGCAACAGCUGCCGUAUCCUGCUCUCUCUUCUUGCCAACCCCCCUACUGUGGGUGCCGGAGCAGGAGACGAGAUUAUUACCGAGGCAGACGUAGAUGACAUCGGCUUCGGGAUGUCAUUCACAGCCCUCAACACUUGCAAACCUCUUGCGCGGGAUGACUUCCCUGAGGUUGCCAAUGUCACAACCUGGGUCAAGGAGUAUAUGGUAGCUGCCAACCAGCGACACAACGGCGCCAUCGCCAACUUCAUUGGACAGAGGCUGCAGCCCGAGGAACAGCAGGUCAUCGCCCAGUACAUCAGCUAA